UAUAGUUACAAUAGAAAAUGAAGAAGCAAAUAAUAGUUGCAGUAAUGUAAUGUCAUUGUCCAAACCUAUUUUGUUGAGUAGCAAUCUAAGUCUUUCAAGCCUUGCACAUGAUAAUCGGACUGCACAUCCAGCGCAAAAAGCAAGAAAAACAUUUGCAAAGCCACAAGAAAUUUGUACUCCUUUAAAGAGUAUACAGAACCAAACUUUAACACUUCGUUCAUUAAGUAAAAACUCGUCUACUGCUCUUAAUAGUCCUAACGGAUCUGAUGCCUUUACAACAUCAUCCGUAGAAAGACAAGAAUUUCGAAAAAGAUUGGCACGUUUGAGAGAAGUUUCUCCAUCAGAGACUGAUUCGCCACAAUCUUCACAAUGUGCAACACCAAAAUCAGCAGUCCGAAAGAGAUUUGCUCGUUUGCAGGCUACACAAAAAAAUUAUCAUUGCAGGAUGUAACAAAUCAAGCUAGUUAUUUAGAAUCAUCACAUAACUUCCCAGCUGAUAAUACAAAGAAAAAUGGCAAAAGUAGUCAUUCAGAAUCAUCGCAAAAUGUCGUAGCUAAUAUUACACAGGAAAAUGAUGGAAGAAAUCAUUUGAUAUCACCACCUAAUUCGCCAGCCAAUGAAAUACAGAACAAUGACAUAAAUUUGAGUCCGCUUAUUCCAAAUACACCAUCUAAUUCCCCAGCCAAUGAAAAACAGAACAAUGACAUAAAUUUGAGUCCGCCUAUUCCAAAUACACCAUCUAAUUUCCCAGCCAAUGAAACACGGAACAAUGGCAGAAAUUUGAGUCCGCCUAAUCCAAAUAAUAUACCAAGUGACCGAGACGAGUCGAAUGAAUCUGAUGGAGAGUCAUCAUCUGCAAGCAGUGAAGCUGAUGAGGAAGUUGAGUGUAAAUAUUUGUACACAUACAAGAGAAAAUUGAUAUGAAGCCAAAUAUUGCAGUGCACCAUGCGAGAUACGAAAGCGUUGAUGAUGAUAACAUUUACCUUGGUGAAAAUAUUACUUUUGGAACUGACUCAUGGCGCUUAUCGAAGAACCUUAAAUACACGCUUUUCUUAAGAGAUCUAGCAGGUUAUCUUUGGAGAAAGAGCAUAUUACCAUACCGAUGCCUUGAUUUAAAAAAAGCAAAAAAAAACAUGCCUAGAGGAGCUGAGCUAAAGCUUUGUUCACCUCGAAAAUUGGACUUAUACUUAAGCGUAUUUAAAGAUUUUCUUAAAGUACAUAAAAGGUACAAAAAUAUGUCUGAUGAUGACCACGAUUUGAUGAUCAAGAACUCAACCGAAGUU